CGCCGCCCGCACAAAAUGUCUGCCCGGACGCCAUUGCCGACCGUGAACGAGCGGGACACGGAGAAUCAUACAUCUGUUGAUGGAUACCCUGAACCACACAUCCAGCCUACCAAAUCAAGUAGCCGACAAAAUAUACCACGGUGUAGAAAUUCCAUUACAUCUGCUACAGAUGAACAGCCUCACAUUGGAAAUUAUCGUUUGCUAAAAACAAUAGGGAAGGGAAAUUUUGCCAAAGUGAAAUUGGCAAGACAUGUUCUUACUGGUAGAGAGGUUGCAGUGAAAAUAAUAGAUAAAACACAGCUGAAUCCCACCAGUCUACAAAAGUUAUUUCGAGAAGUACGAAUAAUGAAGAUAUUGAAUCAUCCCAAUAUAGUAAAAUUAUUUGAAGUUAUUGAAACAGAGAAGACACUGUAUUUAGUAAUGGAAUAUGCCAGUGGGGGUGAAGUGUUUGAUUACUUAGUUGCCCAUGGAAGAAUGAAGGAGAAAGAGGCCCGUGCAAAAUUUAGACAGAUUGUGUCUGCAGUACAAUAUUGUCAUCAAAAGUGUAUUGUACAUCGUGAUCUCAAGGCAGAAAAUCUUCUUCUUGAUGCUGACAUGAACAUUAAAAUUGCUGACUUUGGUUUUAGUAAUGAAUUUACAAUUGGAAACAAAUUAGAUACAUUUUGUGGCAGUCCUCCCUAUGCAGCUCCUGAACUUUUCCAAGGAAAGAAAUAUGAUGGCCCUGAAGUAGAUGUAUGGAGUCUUGGUGUCAUUUUGUACACAUUAGUCAGCGGAUCAUUGCCAUUUGAUGGUCAGAACCUAAAGGAACUACGGGAGCGAGUCUUACGAGGGAAGUAUCGUAUUCCUUUCUAUAUGUCUACAGACUGUGAAAAUCUUCUGAAAAAAUUAUUAGUACUGAAUCCAAUAAAAAGAGGCAGCUUGGAACAAAUAAUGAAAGAUCGAUGGAUGAAUGUUGGUCAUGAAGAAGAAGAACUAAAGCCAUAUACUGAGCCUGAACCAGAUUUCAAUGACACAAAAAGAAUAGACAUUAUGGUAACAAUGGGUUUUUCGAGGGAUGAAAUAAAUGUAUCCUUAAUAAACCAGAAAUAUGAUGAAGUCAUGGCCACGUAUCUACUUCUGGGCAGAAAACCACCUGACUUUGAAGGCAGUGAAUCUUUGUCCAGUGGUAACUUGUGUCAGCGGUCUCGACCCAGCAGUGACCUAAACAACAGUUCUAUGCAAUCCCCUGCUCAUCUGAAGGUCCAGAGGAGUAUAUCAGCAAAUCAGAAACAGAGGCGUUUCAGUGAUCAUGUUGGUCCGACAAUUCCUGCUGCUGUGUCGUACACCAAAAGGGCUCAGGCAAACAGUGCGGAAAGUGAGCAAAAAGAGGAGUGGGACAAAGAUGUAUCUCAUAAACUUGGCAGCACUAUAGUUGGAUCCAAAGCAGAGAUGACAGCAAGUCCUCUUGUAGGACCCGAAAGAAAAAAAUCUUCUACUAUGCCAAGUAACAAUGCUUUUUCUGGAACUGGUAUGACAAGAAGGAAUACAUAUGUUUGUGAAAGGACUACAGAUCGCUAUUCUGCAAUACAGAAUGGGAAAGACAGCAGUCUGACAGAAAUGUCUGCGAGUAGCACAUCUUCUGCAGGCUCUGCCAUCACUUCUGCUGCACCAUCUACUCGGCCUCGACACCAGAAGUCUAUGUCUGCCUCUGGCCACCCUAUAAAAGUCACAUUGCCAACCAUCAAAGAUGGCACUGACUAUCGACCAGGUACAACUCAGAGAGUUCCUGCUGCUUCCCCAUCUGCUCAUAGUAUUAGUGCUACUACACCAGACCGAACCCGUUUUCCUCGUGGGAGUUCAAGUCGAAGUACUUUUCAUGGUGAACAGCUCCGGGAACGACGUAAUGCUACUUAUAAUGGACCACCUGCUUCACCAUCACAUGAAACUGGUACAUUUUCACAUGCCAGAAGGGGGACAUCAACUGGUAUAAUAAGCAAAAUAACUUCCAAGUUUGUUCGAAGGGAUCCAAGUGAAGGCGAAGCCAGUGGCAGAACUGACACCUCAAGAAGUACUUCUGGAGAACCAAAAGAAAGAGAAAAAGAGGAUAGUAAAGAUUCCAAGCCACGUUCUUUACGGUUCACUUGGAGUAUGAAGACCACUAGUUCUAUGGACCCCAAUGAUAUGAUGAGAGAGAUCCGAAAAGUGUUGGAUGCAAAUAACUGUGAUUAUGAACAAAAAGAGAAGUUUUUGCUCUUCUGUGUACACGGAGAUGCCAGACAAGAUAGCCUUGUUCAGUGGGAGAUGGAAGUCUGCAAGUUGCCACGCUUGUCACUAAAUGGGGUACGCUUCAAAAGAAUAUCUGGGACUUCAAUUGCAUUUAAGAACAUUGCAUCCAAAAUUGCAAAUGAGCUUAAACUGUAAAGAAAACUAAAUUUACAGGAUCAGGGAAGAUACAUACAUGAUCUACAACUUGUGAAUGUACUGAUAAUGCCUAAUGUGAUUGGCCUGUGAAACUCCCCCUGUAGAAAUUGCCCUUAUUGCAAUAAGGUUAUACAUAGUUAUGAACUGUAAAAUUAAAGUCAGUAUGAAUUAUAUUAAAUAACUGUAGCUAAAAACAUUAUGUUCACAUGUACAGGUAAGUCAAUUGAGUAUUCUGUUCAUUUUAUGUUCAUAGAAUUGUAUAAUAAAAAAAGAUAAUUGCUUAAUAAAGAUCUUGUAUAGUUGUCUA